CGCAUGUAGAACCGUUUUGUACAAGUCAGCCUACAGGUAAAGUGAAAGAUGGCAUAGCAACCAUCCAUUUGGCUUAUACAGUGGGAAUGACGUCUACAAUGACCCUGAGCUCAAACCUCACCACCAUCUCGACCACGUCGUACUCUGGUGGCAUACCAACGAACGAAGUAUGGAUGAUCACGACUGGUUUUGUAAUAGCGUUCAUUCUUGCAUUUGGAAUUGGUGCUAAUGACGUCGCAAACUCAUUUGGUACUUCAGUCGGGGCAAAGGUGCUGACGCUGAUACAGGCUUGUAUACUGGCAACGAUAUUUGAGACUGCUGGAGCGCUCCUUUUAGGUACAAAGGUCUCGGAUACAAUACGAAAAGGCAUAGUAGAUGUGGCCUCUUACGAAAAUGAUCACAAGCUCUUCAUGGUCGGGCAGAUAUCAGCACUUAUUGGCGCAUGCGUAUGGCUCUUGAUUGCAACGUUCUUUCGUCUUCCCGUUUCGGGUACACAUAGCAUUGUGGGUGCAAUACUUGGAUUUGGUCUCGUGGCCCAUGGUGCUAAUGGUAUAUAUUGGGAAAAGAUAGGAAUGAUAGUUGGGUCCUGGCUCAUAUCGCCGCUGCUGGCUGGAGCGGUCUCCGUUUUCAUAUUCUACAUUGUGAGGAAAUUUAUAUUAGAAAAGGCUGACUGUCUACAAGCUGGAUUAGUAUUCCUGCCGUUCAUAUAUGCGAUAACCAUCACCAUCAACACAUUUUCCAUAUUUUACGAUGGACCUAAAAUGUUAGGCUUUGACAAGAUUCCACUCUACGGAACUUUCAUCCUUAGUUUUGGCUGUGGCUUGAUCACAGGCCUCGUUGUGUUCUUUGCAGUCGUACCAUGGCAGAGAAAACACAUCACAGACGCUGUGGCGAAACACGAUCAAAUUGAAUUGGAAGAAAGAAAGGAAACCAUAGAUGAAGUAGUAGAGACGAGAACAAGAUCAGGCAGUGUCAUGACCAUUACGCAAGCUGUAUGUAAUCCAGUCAUCCGCAGGUCGUCCGUCUCUGCCGUGUCUGCAACGGAUUCCUCCCACUGUGACAGGCCAGGCCCAGGUCGGCACCGACGAACGAUAUCUGACGCCAUGUACCAUAGCGAGGCCCAAGCGUCCGUCCAUGCCAGGUCCAAGUUUCGGCGACAACGUUCUGCACCAGAUACACGGCAUUUGGUUCGCUUUAUGUCAUAUGCUGUAAAGGAGGAAGAUAUCUUUGAAUCCGGAGAUAGUGCUCUCAAUAGGGAUAUUACGCCGCAGUGCAAUGGACAUGAAGAUAACCAAAGGUUUUCAUUGCCUGGGAUUCAGUAUUCGUCAAUAAAGGCGACAGCUGCGGUUGAUGUUGGGGCCAGACAGGAUCUAAAACCAGAGACAGCAUUUUCCAACAUCUCCCCUGUCUUGACGGAUGACGAGGAAGAGGAAAAAGUACAGAUAUUCAGCAAAGGUAUUCAGGUGGACACAUUCGACCUCGAAGACAAAACGAUAAAGGUGAAAGAAGGUAGACAAGAGAUCAAGGACAAACCUGAAGCAUCUAUGCUGUUUUCAUUCCUGCAGAUUUUGACUGCCGUAUUUGGAAGCUUUGCGCAUGGUGGAAAUGACGUCAGCAAUGCCAUCGGUCCCCUGAUCGCUCUUUGGACGGUGUCACAUGCGCAGAGCGUCGAACAAUCGGAUCCGGCCCCAAUCUGGAUACUCCUGUAUGGGAGUGCUGGCAUAUCCAUUGGGCUGUGGGUGUGGGGCAGGAGAGUCAUCAAGACACUAGGAGAAGACUUGACCAAGAUUACACCAACUAGUGGCUUCUGCAUAGAAAUUGGCACAGCUCUGACGGUUCUCAUAGCUUCUAACGUAGGAAUUCCGGUCAGCACAACGCACUGCAAAGUUGGUGCUGUCGUCUGCACUGGCAGGUUUCGUUCUCGCGAAAACGUGGACUGGCGAGUUUUCAGGAAUAUCGUGUUUGCAUGGAUUGUCACUCUUCCGAUGUCGGGUGGGAUAGCUGCCGGUGCUUUUGCUGCUCUAAGACUUAUUUUGGAAUAAGUGCAUUGGGCGAUAUGAAUACAUCUUAGCAUCAGCCUUUAACUCCUAGCUUUGCAACAUUUAUUUUAAUGAAUAUAUUCUGAUUAAUUGCUUCACAACUACCCCUCGUCCAAGCGACUGUGUUUCAGAACUUUUCAUUGGCUUUCGUGACAAGCACUUGUUAGUACUGUAGUGUAAUAAUUAAACUGUGCACUAUAAUAAUUAUUAUUAUUAUUAUUAUUAUUAUUAUUAUUAUUAUUAUAAUCAACAUGCAUAAAGUUGAGUCAUUCCAAGGAAUAUAGCACCAGGAUUGGUUAGAGUGUCUGUUUGUAUUAAACCAACCAUAGCCCAGCCAUGCCAUAUUUGUCAUGGCAUGGCAUGGUAUGCGACAUCAAUGCAGCAAAGAAGAAGCUGCACAUUAUCAAGAAUAAAUAAAGACUAAGAAUUUGGAACCAAUACUUGCACUAGGUUCCACAUUUUGACAAUAGGGGGCUUUUGCAAGAUACUUCGUCUUCUAUUCAAUUUGGCAGUCACUCCUCCACUUCCAGGUGUCAAAUGUUGAUAUGUCUCUGUUUAAUAUGAGGUUAAAGGAUAUGUACCAACAGGAAUGGCAUUCCAUAUUGUAUAAUGAUGUACAGUCCUUGAAAAAAGUAA